GCUGCGCCGGGGCGGGGGGGGGAACCUCCGGCUGGCCGGCGGGGAGCGGCUUGGGCCUGGCCAUGUCGGAUUACCGGAUCUCGGUGGAGGAGCUGAACGAUCUCCUGGCCAACGGCAGCGGCUGCUACAGCCUCCCCAGCGCGCACAGCAACGAGGUGGUGCCGCGCAUCCACGUGGGGAACGCGUACGUAGCCAAGAACAUUAUGAAGCUGCAGCAUCUGGGGAUAACCCAUAUUCUGAAUGCAGCAGAGGGGAAGUCAUUCAUGCAUGUGAACACCAAUGCAGAGUUCUAUGAAGGCACAGGCAUCAGAUACCAUGGGAUUAAAGCUAAUGACACGCAAGAGUUUAACCUCAGUCGCUAUUUUGAGGAGGCAGCUGAUUUUAUUGAGAAAGCACUUUCCCAGAAGGAUGGACAAGUGUUUGUGCAUUGCCGUGAGGGCUACAGCCGUUCUCCUACCCUGGUUAUUGCCUACCUCAUGCUUCGCCAGAACAUGGAUGUCAAGACUGCGCUGUGCACGGUCCGGCAGAAGCGAGAGAUUGGCCCCAAUGAUGGCUUUCUAAGGCAGCUUUGCCAGCUCAAUGAGCGCUUGGUGAAGGAGGGCAAACUGAAGCCCUAGAACUGGGCACUGGAGUGUUUUUUGAAGUUUCUCAGAGGAUGUCUUAGAUGCUUUAGAUUCUCAACCCCCAAGCACCAAGCUCAAUCAUUUCCUGUGAGGGAGACAGAAUUCCUGCUCUUGGCUAGUGAAACUCUGGGUCUGUCUUUCAAGGAGGCACAAAACUGUGUCACUGUCCUGAGCUGUUGCAAUGAGGAAGUGUUUUUAGAGGGGUAACUGCAGUGAUAGCAGCUGUCUUCUCACAUAUGCCAGAGCCCCCUGCAGACUCUGUUGCAUCUGUGGUUUGCAUUGGCAUUGAGUGUGAUUCAUUUAAGCCUUGUUUUACAUCCCACCAGAGCACCAUUUUAUGAGAGCCCCAACACAUCACUCACUUUUAAUUAAAGUACUGUAUUUUCUAAAGCUUCUUUUUCAUGCACACAGUGCCUAAAGUUUGAGUGUAGGAGCUUCAAGGAAUGGAGAAGCAUAUAUAUAUAAAUACACAGAAGCACUUGCUUGUAAAAUGAAGUCUAUGCAGUGUUGUGUUUAGUGUGGAUUUACGCAAUACACAGUGUGUGUUAGUAAAGCCAUUCAGAGCCCAAUCUUGAGGCACACUAUUUCCAAGAGUAUUUGUACCUCUUGCUCUGGUGAUUGACAAGAAAUGGUUGAUAUUAAAUGCUCUUUUAUUUUUGUUUUGAAGUCGUACUAGAAAACAAAGUCAAGAGCAAAUGUUGAGGAAAAAACUUGAGCAAGGAAUUAAAAACGGUUUAUAUUUGGGAGUGCUUGUACUGAAUGUGUGAUAAAGUCCUGAGUGGCAGAAUAUAAUGGCUCCCAAGGCUUGUGUGGAAUUACAGUUUCUCUCUCCCUUCUUCCCUAUCAUUGUUCAUUAACAUAGGAUAGAAUGACCACAUAUGCAGAUUACUUCCAGUAGGGCAGCACAGCUGUGCCUACAAAGCAGUUUGCAGAUGUACACUCAGGAGUUCUUGGAUUGCUUGCAUGGAGUGAUUAAAUAGAAAUGAGCAUUGUUCCGUACCACACUGAAUAGGAAACAUUUCCUUUGUGUUUAAAUAAAUGAUGUCUUCAUGCUGUUUGACAUAAA